CAACCCUACCCUGGCCGAGGUGUCCCAGGGACACAGGGCUGCUUCCAUGAGGCUCUUCCCAAGGGCAGCAGGGCAGGCCUGGCUCUGGGGGGGUGAUGGAGGCAUUUGGGGGGCUGGCAAGCAUCUCCCCAGCUUCCCUCUGGCCACUGGAACAGGUUUCCAGGGAGCUUUGCAAAUGCUGUGGUGUGUGGAAAGUUUAUUGGAGCCAAGUUGCAAAAUCAUCCCCAGGCUCCUCUUCAAACACGGAGUCCCAUGAGCUGUCCCAUCCCAAACUCACCUUUCCUGCUCUGCCAGAAGCGUCACCUCCCACCAGGUACAGCCAGGACACAGAUCCCGCCACCGCUGCCACAGAGACGCAGGGAGCGGUUUGGCAGCAGCUCCAGUGUGUCCGUUUGCAUCGUCUGAGCCGCUGCAGCAGAGGUGCCAUGGGGCCAGGCUGUGCCAGUGUCCUGGGCUGGCUCCUGCUGGCACAGGCAGCCCUGCAGGCCACAGGUGGCCGUCCCUGUGAUGCCAAGGAUUUUGGCCAUGGCUCACUGGUCUGUGCCUGCAGUGCCACGUACUGUGACACGCUGGACCCCCUGGUCCUGCCAGCCCCUGGCUCCUAUGUCAGAUAUGAGAGCAGCAAGGCCGGCAAGCGGCUGGAGCGGAGCGAGGGGAGAUUCCAGCACAACGCCGAGAGCCCAGACUUCCACCUCACCCUGGACACGGCGCAGAGGUUCCAGAAGGUGAAGGGGUUUGGUGGCUCCAUCACCGACGCGGCCGCCAUCAACAUCCUGUCCCUGUCCAAGGAUGCCCAGAACCACCUGCUCCGCUCCUACUUCUCCGAGGAGGGCAUUGAGUACAACCUGGUGCGUGUGCCCAUGGCCAGUACUGACUUCUCCGUUCGCCUGUACACCUACGCCGAUGCCGAGGGCGACUUCGAGCUGAGGCACUUCAACCUGACAGAGGAGGACACGCACAUGAAGAUCCCCAUCCUCCAAGCAGCCCAGGCAAUGGCCAAGCGGCCGCUGUCACUGUACGCCAGCCCCUGGACCUCCCCGGUCUGGAUGAAGACAAAUGGAGCAAUGACAGGGAGGGGAACACUGAAGGGCAACCCAGGGGACAAGUACCACCGGGCCUGGGCCAAGUACUUCAUCCGGUUCCUGGAUGAAUAUGCCAAGCACAACCUGACCUUCUGGGCAGUGACAGCAGGGAACGAGCCCACGGCUGGUGAGAUCAUCUUCUACCCCUUCCAGUGCCUGGGCUUCUCCCCUGAGCACCAGCGGGACUUCAUUGCCCAGGACCUGGGCCCGGCGCUGGCCAACAGCUCCCACCGCCACAUCCAGCUCAUCAUCCUGGAUGACCAGAGGGUGAUGCUGCCCUACUGGGCUGAGGUGGUUCUCAAAGACCCUGUGGCUGCCAGCUACAUCAGCGGCAUCGGCAUCCACUGGUACCUGGAUUUUCUGGCGCCCAUUGACCUGACACUCUCCAUCACCCAUCACCUCUUCCCAAACUAUUUCCUCCUCUCCACGGAGGCCUCCACAGGCUCCUACUUCUGGGAGCCCAGGGUGGUGCUGGGUGGCUGGGACCGCGGGAGCAAGUACAGCCACAGCAUCCUGACGAACCUCAAUAACUACGUGACAGGCUGGACCGACUGGAACCUGGCCCUGGACCUGGAGGGAGGCCCCAACUGGAGCAAGAACUACGUGGACAGCCCCGUCAUUGUGGACAGCAGCAAGGAUGUCUUCUACAAGCAGCCCAUGUUCUACCACCUGGGCCACUUCAGCAAGUUCAUCCCCGAGGGCUCACAGCGGGUGGGACUGGCCGUCUCCAAGAAGUGCCGCCGGUGUGACCUGGAGCACUCAGCAUUCCUGCGCCCCGACGGCGCCAUCGUCCUGGUGGUCCUGAACCGCUCCCCCAUGGACGUGUCUUUCGGGGUCUCUGACCCGCGCGUUGGCUUCAUCGAGGCUGUGGCUGCCAGUGACUCCAUCCAGACGUUCCUCUGGAAGCAGCCAGCCUAGAGUGGCUGCUCUAGGAGUGAGGUGCCAGCGCCAGGAACGUGGUGCUGGUGGCAGCUUGGAUAGAAUGCUCUAAUGGGGCUGGGGCUGCAGCACAGCCCCUGCAGCCCCCUGUGCCCCAGGGGACCUGUUUGACCCUAGGGCUGCAACACCUGCGCUUUUCUAGAUGUUUUCAUAAAAUAAACAGGUU